AUGUCCCUAGGAGAAUGUACUGUGUGCCUUAAGGAGCAAGCCAAGUACAGAUGUCCCAAGUGUCCGGUGACGUACUGUUCGUUGACGUGCUUCAAGAGUCCAUCUCACUCUCACGAGAGCCAAGCUGAGGAGACAAGAAGUGAAAAGCCUGUGGUAGCUUCGGCACCUGCUGAAUCGCCUUCUACGGUUUCUAUAAACCAGAAGAUCGCUGAGGAUCCUGUCAUCAACCAGCUCUUAAAGUAUAAGUCGCUUCAGGUGCACUUGGCUGUGAUAGUCAAGCUACUUAAUGAUUCCUCCAUCACCAACGAACCGUUGGCUGAAAACCGUCGGGAAAUUGCAAACAUGAGAUUAUGUGAUCUACGAAUGGGUGGAGCCGAAGAGAAUGAGCUCGUGGAAGAGUUUGUUACAAGGAUCAUCGAGUUGACCGGUUGA